CAGACAAGAGGCGGGCAUAAACUUUGUUCUCUUCCCAUAAUGCUUCCUGUGAGGGGGUGAAAGCAGCAGACAUGUCUAAACGAAAGGUGUUGGAGCUGUUCUAUGAUGUGGUCUCCCCUUAUUCCUGGCUGGGGUUUGAGAUACUAUGCAGAUAUAAGAACAUAUGGAACAUAGAUGUCCAAUUACGACCUGGAUAUCUCGGGGCAAUAAUGCAUACAACUGGUAACUCCCCACCUGCCAUGGUUCCAAAGAGAGGCGCCUACAUGGCAAAGGACAUGAAACGGCUAUCUGAGUUUUAUCAGGUUCCUUUACAACAGCCAAGUGAUUUCUUUCAUGUUGUCAUUAAGAAGGGGAGUCUUUCAGCCAUGCGGUUUGUAACGGCUGUUCAGAUGUCACAUCCAGAGUUCGUCGAGAAGGUCUCUCGGGAGUUGUGGGUGCGAAUCUGGUCUGAGGACAAAGAUAUUACCGAGCCAGAGAGCAUACUUCAGGCUGCUCAGAAGGCUGGGAUUCCUGAAGACCUGGCUAAAAAAUUACUGUCCACAAUUUCCUCGCCAGAAGUUAAAAACAAGCUAAAGGAAACAACAGAAAAAGCUUUAGAAUAUGGGGUUUUUGGAAUGCCCUCCAUAGUGGCUCAUAUCAAUGAGAAGCCAGAGCUGUUUUUUGGAUCUGAUCGGUUUGAACUUCUAGCACAUCAGCUGGGCGAAAAAUGGUUGGGACCUGUGCCACAAAUAUCCAAGCUGUGACAACCUCCUCACAAGAAGUAGUGUAGCUGAUUCUUCUAGUAUUGUAUAACUGACUUUUAUACAUUAAUUGUGUAUUUGCAAAUACUUAAUAUAGUAGCUAAUUGCUAAAUUGAUUGUAUAAAUAAACCGUAUUUAAGUUGGAAUCAUCAGUCCUCAAAACUGGUUGCUAGAUGGAGUUAUGGUGCUUGUCCAAAUUGGGAUGAAAAGAUAAAAUUCUCACCACUUCUGCCUUAAAUAAUAAAGUCAGUUAAUAUAUUUGAUGU